AUGGGCAAGCCACGCGGAAUCAGAUGUGCCCGUAAGUUGAGGGUUCACCGAAGGGAGGCCUUGUGGGCAGACAAGGACUACAAAAAGGCAAACCUGGGCACGAAGUACAAGUGCAAUCCUUUCGGAGGCACUUCCCACGCCAAGGGCAUUGUCGUUGAGAAGAUUGGCAUCGAAGCAAAGCAGCCGAACUCGGCCAUCCGCAAGUGCUGCCGUGUGCAGCUGAUCAAGAACGGUAAGAAGAUCGCAGCCUUCGUCCCCAGGGAUGGCUGCCUGAACUUCAUUGAUGAGAACGAUGAAGUGUUGGUGUCUGGCUUCGGACGACGAGGUCACGCCGUUGGUGACAUUCCUGGCGUUCGCUUCAAGGUCGUGAAGGUGGCAGGCUGCGGUCUGGGAGCUCUGUACAGGAACAAGAAGGAAAAGCCGCGUUCCUGA